AUGGCCUUCAAGAGCCUCAGGAAGCUCAGCAUGAUGCUUGAGCGGAAACACAUUUGGAGAGGCCUCGGGAAGAUGGGCGCGGUCCUGUGGGCCUGCAGUCUGCUGGGCUCGGCCUGCCUGGCGAUGGCCAACAUCUUCGAAUACCAGGUGGAUGCCCAGCCUCUCCGGCCCUGUGAGCUGCGGCGGGACCAGGCCUUCCUGCAGCGCGCGGGCUUCGUGCCCCAGUGCGCUGAGGACGGCAGCUUCCAGCCCGUCCAGUGCGAGCACGGCGGCUCCUGCUGGUGCGUGGGUGCCGACGGCCUGGAAGUGCCCGGCAGCAGGCAGCACGGGCGCCCCUUGGCUUGCCUGUCCUUCUGCCAGCUGCAGAAGCAGCAGAUCCUGCUGAGCGGCUACCUUAACAGCACGGCCACAUCCUACCUCCCCCAGUGUCAGGCCUCGGGAGACUAUGAGCCUGUGCAGUGUGACCUGAGGCAGGAGCAGUGCUGGUGUGUGGACAAUGAAGGCAUGGAGGUCUACGGGACCCGCCAGCUCGGGAGGCCCACUCGCUGUCCAGGGAGCUGUGAGAUCAGAAACCGCCGUCUGCUCCACGGGGUGGGGGACAAGUCACCCCCCCAGUGCUCACCGGAUGGAGGGUUCAUGCCUGUCCAGUGCAAGUUUGUCAACACCACGGACAUGAUGGUUUUUGACCUGGUGCACAGCUACAACAGGUUUCCAGAUGCAUUUGUGACCUUCAGUUCCUUCAGGAGCAGGUUCCCCGAGGUGUCCGGGUAUUGUCACUGCGCUGACAGUCAAGGACGGGAGCUGGCCGAGACAGGUUUGGAGUUGUUACUCGAUGAAAUCUAUGACACCAUUUUUGCCGGCCUGGAUCUUGCCUCCACCUUUACGGAAACCACCUUGUACCGGAUCUUGCAGAGACGGUUCUUAGCCGUUCAGCUGGUCAUCGCCGGCCGGUUCCGAUGCCCCACAAGAUGUGAAGUGGAGCGGCUGGCGGCCACCAGCUUUGGCCACCCCUAUGUACCCAGCUGCCGUCGAAAUGGGGACUACGAGGCAGUGCAGUGCCAGAAGGAAGGGCCGUGCUGGUGCGUGGAUGUCCGAGGACGGGAGACCCACGGAACUCGGCGGCAGGGGCAGCCGCCAUCUUGUGCUGAAGACCAGUCCUGUGUCUCCAAGAGGCGGCAGGCCCUGUCCAGACUCCACUUUGGACCCUCGGGCUACUUCAGCCGGCACGACUUGUUCUUGGUUCCUGAGGAAAGGCAGGAGGACUCUCCACGAGUGGCCAGAGUCCCCCCGUUCUGCUCACGCUUGGCCAGGGAGCUCUUCGUGGACUCUGGGAUUCUCCGCCCGAUGGUGGAGGGGCAGGGUCAACAGUUUGCUGCUUCAGGAAGUCUCCUCAAAGAAGCCCUCAGAGCGAUAUUUCCCUCCCGAGAACUGGCUCGUCUGGCCCUUCAGUUUACUACCAACCCAAAACGACUCCAGCAGAAUCUCUUUGGAGGGAAAUUUCUGGUGAACCUUGGCCAGUUUAAUUUGUCUGGAGCCCUUGGCACUAGAGGGACAUUUAACUUCAGUCAAUUUUUCCAGCAACUUGGUCUUCCAGGCUUUCAAAGUGGAGGGGCACUAGUUGAUCCAGCCACCCCUCUGUCCUUGAGCUUGGAUUCCAGUCCCACUACAGAAAUCCCGGAGGCCUCUGGGAAGGGUGCUGCUAUGAACAAGCCUAUUGUGGGCAGCUUUGGCUUGGAAGUCAACUUACAGGAGAACCAGAAGGUCUUGAACUUCCUGGCUUCUCUCCUGGAGCUUCCCGAAUUCCUGCUCUUCCUGCAGCAUGCUGUGUCUGUGCCCGCAGACAUAGCCGGGGACUUGGGUGACGUGCUAGAAAUGGUGCUUGGCUCCAACAGCUGUGAGCAGAGUCCUGGCAGCCUUUUUGUCCCUUCAUGCACGGCAGAGGGAAGCUAUGAGGAUGUCCAGUGCUUUGCUGGAGAGUGCUGGUGUGUGGAUUCCCAGGGCAAAGAACUUCCAGGCUCCAGGGUUAGAGGUGGACAACCUGCGUGCCCCACAGAGUGUCAGAAGCAAAGGGCUCUCAUGCAAACCCUCUCCAGGAGCCAGCCGGCUGGGUCCAGCCUGUUUGUCCCUUCUUGUACAAGUGAGGGGCAUUUCCUCCCUGUUCAGUGCUUCAACUCAGAGUGCUACUGUGUUGAUGCUGAGGGUCAGGUGAUUCCUGGAACUCGAAGGGAACCUGGAGAACCAAGUCAAUGCCCCACUUCCUGUCAGCUGCAAGCCGAGCAAGCCUUCCUUGGGGCAGUGCGGGCCUUGCGCUCCCCUGUCAGCUUGCCAGCCACCCUCUCUGGCAUCUACAUCCCACAGUGCAGUGCCAGUGGGUCGUGGAGACGCGUGCAGUGCGACGGGCCCCCUGAGCAGGCCUUUGAGUGGUAUGAACGAUGGAGAGCUCAGAACAACCGAGGCCAGGAGUCAAGCCCCACUGAGCUGCUCAUGAAGGUCAUGAGCUAUAGAGAAGCAGCUUCUGGAAGCUUCCGUCUCUUUAUUCAAAACCUCUAUGAGACCGGCCAACAAGGCAUCUUCCCAGGGCUGGCAAGAUACCCUUUUCUCCAAGAUGUCCCAUUGGCGAUUUUGGAAGGGAACCUGACCCAGCCUGUAGAGAACAUCUUUCUGGAGCCCUACCUCUUCUGGCAGAUCCUAAGUGGCCAGCUCAGCAGAUACCCAGGGCCCUACUCAGACUUCAGCUCUCCUCUGGCACACUUUGACCUUCGGAGAUGCUGGUGUGUGGAUGAGGCUGGUCGAGAACUAGAAGGGACCCAGACCGAGCCAAACAAGGCCCCGGCAUGUCCUGGCUCUUGUGAAGAAGUGAAGCUUCGUGUCCUGCAGUUCAUUAAGGAAACGGAAGAGAUUGUCUUGGCUUCCAACGAUUCCUUGUUCCCCCUGGGAGAGAGUUUCCUAGCAGCCAAGGGAAUCCGCCUGACCAGUGAGGAGCUCGCCCUUCCCCAGCUCUCUCCUUCGCAGGAGACCUUCACAGAGAAGUUUCUGAGUGGGGGCGAUUAUGCCAUUCGUCUGGCAGCUCUGUCUACCUUCAGCUUCCACCAGAGCCGAGGCUUCUUCCCUGGCGGUUCUACCGGCGUCGCCCUAUGGCCGGCGGGCCCCUACGUGCCGCAGUGUGAUGCUUUUGGAAGGUGGCAGCCCUUGCAGUGCCACGCCGGGACCGGGCACUGCUGGUGUGUGGACGGGAAGGGCGAGUAUAUCUCCGCCUCGCUGACCGCCCGCUCCCCUCGGCUCCCCCAGUGCCCCACACCCUGUGAGAAAUCCCGCGCGAGUGGGCUGCUUUCCAGCUGGAAACAGGCCGGAUCCCAAGGAAACCCGUCUCCCAGAGACCUGUUCAUCCCAACCUGCCUGGAGACAGGGCAGUACGCCCAGCGGCAGGCUGCGGAAGGUGGCAUCUGGUGCGUGGACCAGGCCUCAGGAGAGGGGGUGUGGCCUGGCACGAACGGCAGUGGUCUGUGCCCGGGCCUCUGUGAAGCACUCCACGAUGGACUCUUCCCCGGGAGCACUGGCCCAGGCCCCGCCCCAACUUGCAGGGCAGAAGACAGAGGCUUCUCCCCAGUGCAGUGUGACCCGGCCCAGGGCAGCUGCUGGUGUGUGCUGGGCAGCGGCGAGGAGGUGCCCGGGACCCGCGUGGCUGGGGGACAGCCUGCCUGUGAGAGUCCACAGUGCCCACUGCCCUUCAACGUGUCAGAGGUGGCUGCAGGUGUGCUCCUGUGCGAGCAGGCCUCAGGCCCAGGAGGAGCCCCCGUCCAGCAGUGCCAGCUUCACUGCCGCCAGGGCUACCGGAGUGCGUUCCUGGUGGGGCCGCUGGAGUGCGACCUGCAGGGAAGACAAUGGGUGUCACCGCCGCCACAGCCCCAAGCCUGCCAGCGGCCCCAGCUGUGGCAGACCUUGCAGACCCGGGGGCAGAUCCAGCUGCAGCUCCCGCCCGAGAAGAUGUGCAGUGCAGACUAUGCAGGCUUGCUGCAGGCCUUCCGGGUCUUCGUGCUGGAUGAGCUCACGGCUCGGGGUUUCUGCCAGAUCCAGAUGAAGACCUUGGGGUCCCCCGUUUCCAUCCCUGUCUGCGAUGACGCCACGGUGCAGGUGGAGUGUGUGAGCAGGGAGCUCUUGGGAGUGAAUGUCACGUGGAGACUGCAGCUGGAGGAGGCACCCACAGCCUCUCUUCCUACCUUGCACGAUAUUGAGGUGGCCUUAGUGGGCCUUGUCGGGGCCUUCGCAGAGCUGGUCCAAAGCGGUGCCUUCCAGCUCCAUCUGGAUUCCAAGACCUUCCCCGCAGACACCUCCAUCCGCUUCCCCCAGGGGGACAGUUUUGGGACCUCCGCGAGGACAUGGUUUGGGUGCUUGGAAGGAUUCCACCGAGUCUUGACCCCCGGCAACAACAUCCAGGAACCCCUGGGGUGCGUGAAGUGUCCUGAAGGGAGCUACUCGCAGGAUGAGCGCUGCAUCCCCUGUCCGGUUGGCUUCUACCAAGAGCGGGCGGGCAGCCUGGCCUGUGUCCCAUGCCCUGUGGGCAGAAAGACUGUUUCUGUUGGAGCUUUCAGCCAGACUCACUGUGUCACAGACUGCCAGAUGAAUGAGUUGGGCCUGCAGUGUGACCAGGAUGGCCAGUACCGGGCCAGCCAGAGGGCCAGUGACAGCGGGAUGGCCUUCUGUGUGGACACCGGGGGGCAGAGGCUGCCGUGGUCGGAAAUGGAGGCUCCACUCUCGGACUCCCAGUGCCUGAUGAUGCGGAAAUUCGAGAAGGUUCCAGAAUCAAAUGUGAUCUACAGUGCUGACGUUGCUGUGGCAGUUAGGUCCAGGGUUCCUGGUUCUGAAUCCCCACUGGUGCAGUGCUUAGCAGACUGUGCAUUGGAUGAGGCCUGCAGCUUCCUCACGGUGGCCACAGUGGGAUCAGAGGUCUCCUGUGAUUUCUAUGCUUGGACAAGCGACCACAUCACCUGCGUGACAACUGGUCAGGACCAGGAUGCUCUGGGCAACUCCAAGGCCACCAGCGUGGGAAGCAUUAGGUGCCAGGUGAAAGUGCGCACAGGAGCGCCAGAGUCUCCGGCUGUGUUUUUGAAAAAGGGCCAAGAAUUCACCACCACAAGCCAGAAGAGUUUCGAACCAACCGGCUUCGGAAACGCGCUCUCCGGCCUGUACAGCCCGGUGCUGGUCUCUGCCCCGGGAGCCGGCCUGACGGAGGCGCAUGUCUUCUGUGUUCUGGCCUGCGGUGGAGACCCGUGCUGUGACGGCUUCAUCCUCGCGCAGGUCCAAGCAGGCCCCAUCCUCUGUGGGCUGCUGAGCUCCCCUGAUGUCUUGCUCUGCCACGCCGAAGACUGGGGUGGCCCAUCUGCAGGCCAGACCAGCGCUGCCUGUCCCACCGUCACGUUUGCCCAGGGGAGCCGUCAGGUGACGUUGCGCCUGGGAGGCCAGGAGUUCAAGGGUCUGACGCACCUGGAGGGAACUCAAGACACCUUCACCAGCUUCCAGCAGGUUUAUCUCUGGAAAGAUUCUGACAUGGGGUCUCGGUCCGAGUCUGUGGGAUGCAGAAGAGAACCGGCAGUGAGGCCAGCGCUGGCGGUAGACCCAGAUUUGACCACAGAGCUCUUCUCCCCUGUGGACCUUACCCAGGCCGUUGUCAGUGGAAACCGAUCCCUGCCAAGCCGGCGGCACAGGCUCUUCAAGCAUCUCUUUUCAUCUCAGCAGGCGAACCUGUGGUGCUUCUCUCGCUGUGUCCAGGAGCCCACUUUCUGUCAGCUGGUGGAGAUAACAGACAGUGCUCCCCUCUACUUCACCUGCACCCUCUAUCCUGAGGCCCAGGUGUGUGACGGUGCCAUGGAGUCCAGUGCCAGGGGCUGCAGGCUUGUCCUGCCCCACAGGCCACAGGCCCUGUUCCGGAAGAAAGUUGUACUGAAGGAGAAAGUGGACAACUUUUAUACCCGCCUGCCGUUCCGAAAGCUGACAGGGGUUUCCAUUAGAAGCAAAGUGUCCAUGUCCAACAAAUCCAUUUCCAAUGGGUUCUUCGAGUGCGAGCGGUUGUGUGACCUGGACCCGUGCUGCAUCGGCUUCGGCUUCCUCAAUGUCUCCCAGCUGAAAGGGGGAGAGGUGACAUGCCUAACUCUGAACAACUUGGGGUAUCAGACGUGCAGUGAGGAGAACAGAGGCGCCUGGCGCCUGCUGGACUGCAGCUCCCCCGACACUGAAGCCCGCACCUAUCCCUUCGGAUGGUACCAGAAGCCUGUUACUCAGAGUGGUGCUCCCAGUUUUUGCCCCUCGGUGGCUCUGCCCACCCUCCCGGAGAAAGUCUCUCUGGCCUCCUGGCAGUCCCUGGACCUCUCUUCAGCCAUCGUUGACCUGUCCACCAGGAGCUUGGAUGUGGUCCACAUCAGCACGACCACUCCCAGCGACUUCUCUGCUGCCCGGGACCUCUGUCUGUUGGAAUGUUCCCGCCACGAGGCCUGCCGCGUCACGACUCUGCAGACCCGACCUGGUGCUGUGAGGUGUGUGUUCUAUGCUGAUACCCAGAGCUGCACACACAGCCUGAGGGCCCAGGACUGCCGGCUUCUGCUCAGCGAAGAGGCCACCCACAUCUACCAGAAGCCCAACACCCCUCUGUUCGGCUCUGGCACGUCUGCACCUUCUGUGACCAUUGCCACCCAUGGACAGCUGCUGGGCAGGUCCCAGGCCAUCCAGGUGGGGACUUUGUGGAGGCAAGUGGACCAGUUCCUGGGUGUUCCCUACGCAGCCCCACCCCUGGCAGAGAGGCGCUUCCGGCCCCCGGAACCCUUGAACUGGACAGGACCCUGGGAUGCCACCCAACCACGGGCCAGCUGCUGGCAGCCGGGCGCCCAGGUGCCCGCGUCCCCGGGAGUCAGUGAGGAUUGCUUGUAUCUCAACGUGUUUGUCCCGCAGAACGUGGCCCCCAACGCGUCAGUGCUGGUGUUCUUCUACAACGCUGCCCAGGCCAGGGCGGGCGGGAGGCCGCUGGCCCUCGAUGGCGCCUUCCUGGCCUCUGUGGGGAACCUCAUCGUGGUCACCGCCAGCUACCGGGUGGGCGUCUUCGGCUUCCUGAGUUCUGGGUCCAGUGAGGUGAGUGGCAACUGGGGUCUCCUGGACCAAGUGGCGGCUCUGACCUGGGUGCAGACCCACAUCGGAGUCCUCGGUGGGGACCCUCGGCGUGUGACCCUGGCAGCAGACCGCAGCGGUGCCGACGUGGCCAGCAUGCACCUGCUCAGCACCCGGGCCGCCAGCCCCAGACUCUUCCGGAGAGCCGUGCUGAUGGGUGGCUCCGCACUGUCCCCGGCUGCGGUCAUCAGCCCAGAAAGGGCUCAGCAGCAGGCAGCUGCUUUGGCAAAGGACCUCGGCUGCCCCACCUCGCCCAUCCCAGGAAUGGUGUCCUGCCUCCGCCAGACGCCCGCCAGCACCCUCAACGAGGCCCAGACCAAGCUCCUGGCGGUGAGUGGCCCUUUCCACUACUGGGGGCCUGUGGUUGAUGGCCAGUACAUCGUAGAGGCUCCUGCCAGAGCCCUGCAGAGGUCCCCUAGGGCCAAGGUGGACCUGCUCACUGGGAUGUCCCAGGACGACGGGCUCAUCAUCAGAGCCAAGGCUGUGAAGCAAUUUGAGGAAAGUCAAGGCCGGACCAGCAGCAAAACGGCCUUCUACCAGGCGCUGCAGAACUCCCUGGGCGGCGCGGGCGCGGGCGCGGGCGCGGGCGUGCGGGCGGCUGCCGAGUGGUACUACUCCCUGGAGCACUCCCAGGACGACUACGCCGCCUUCUCCAGGGCCCUGGAGAACGCCACUCGGGACUACUUUAUCACCUGCCCUGUGAUCGAUAUGGCCGCCCACUGGGCACGCGGGGCCCGAGGAAACGUCUUCCUGUACCACGCUCCAGAGAGCUACGGCCACAGCAGCCUGGACUUGCCGGCGGAUGUUCAGUUUGCCUUUGGGCUCCCCUUGCACCCCGCCUACGAGGGCCGGUUCACUCCAGAGGAGAAGACCUUGUCCCUCCAAGUCAUGCAGUUCUUCUCCAACUUCAUCCGGUCUGGAAACCCCAACUAUCCUCAUGAGUUUUCCAGGAGGGCACCUGAAUUCGCGGCUCCCUGGCCUGACUUUGUCCUCUCUGCCCAUGGGGAGAGCUACAAGGAGCUCAGCGUCCUGCUCCCCAACCGACAGGGCCUGAAGAAGGCCGACUGCUCCUUCUGGUCCAAGUACAUCCGGUCUCUGAAGGUGGCGGCAGAUGAAGCCAAGGACAGGCCGUCAGCAGGAGGUGAAGAGGAGGAUGGGCCAGCUGACUCUGGGCAGGGAGAAGACCUCCUGGACCCUUCAGAGCCAGGCUCCAAGAGCUACAGCAAGUGACCAGCCCCUGAGACCCUGCUCACCCUGUCAGCCCCACCCCAGGCUGCCACUGUGGGUCCCUGAUGCUCUAAAACAGCCACCAACUUUCAAUAAAAUGUCUACGUGCAGU